GCAUUGACCUCAAGAGCCAGCUUUACCAAGUCAUCAGUAGACUACUAUACUGGAAAAGGUUCUUUGCUCUCUGGUUUUUGCUGAAAGCUUCAAGAGAUGAGGUCCAAUCGACUGGGCAGCCUCCACAACAGUAGAUCAGUCAGUGCAACUGGACAACAGUAUGCAGUGCGUAUGUGUUUGCUAGGUGAAGCUGGAGCAGGCAAAAGCAAUCUCUUCCACAGAAUAAAGUAUAAGAAAUUCAAGGACGACUCGGAUGAGGCCACCAAUAGCCUCGGGAUCACGACGGGACUGACAGCACGGAACAGGUCAUAUGACUCUCACACUGUGGUAUUACGCUCCAGUAAGAGGAAGAAGAAAAUUAGUUUGACGUUGAUGGACACGGCUAGCAGGGAACGCUACCAGUCCCUCACUGCCCAGUACUAUAGAGGGGCACAUGUCGUACUACUAGUGUGCAGUCUAGACAGCGAGUACACUCUCACCAGACUGGCCAAGUGGCACCAAGAGGCACAGUACUAUGUCGAUGAAUCUGAGGUCAUUUACGCUUUGGUAGCCACAAAGAGUGACCUAGAAGAGGUUGAACGAGAGGUUAGCAGAGAGAUGCUGUUGGGGUUCUCAUCUCACUAUGGAGUGGAGGAGGCUCGUGUGUUUGAGAUCAGCUCCAAGACAGGCGAGGGGGUGGACGAUAUGUUGCAAACUCUGGCCGAGACUGUCGUGGAACAGUUUGAGAGGGGAAGUACUUCGCUGAACAUCAGAAGUGGUUCAGUUGAUGAGCGUACUACUUUACUGGGCAGCAGCUCGAGACGAACAACCAGCGUGUCGUCUCCUCUGAGUAGUAUGAGCAGUGGCGCUAGUGAGACAGACUUGACUGAAUACCGUAAACCUGGAUGUUGCUCUAACUGUGUGAUCUUAUAGGCAACUCGAGUGCAUGCUAACUCUUUUUAUCCCCUCCUCCGUCACCUAAUCUUUGCACCUGGCAUUGCAAACUUAUUUUCUUCGUAAUUCUGGACAACUAUUUAUACAUGUUUGUAUUGUGUGUGAUUGAUGUCUAAUAAUUACGUGACUGAUCAAUAAUUGUUGCUAGUGUG